AUGAAGAGAUCAUCCGCUGAACGAUUGUUGACCUGGUGUAAAACAUCCUCAAACCAGAUCACUCACCAUCCAAGAUGUCGAUUUCCACAUAUCAACAACCAAGUUCGACAACAGAGUGUUUGGUCUAAAGAGAACAUUGUUCGAAGUCCCAUUGCUAAUGCUGACAUACCCAAUGUCUCCUUCUCGGAGUACAUCUUCUCUAGAUGUGAUGAAUUCAAAGACAAUACAGCUGUGAUAGAUUUUGAAUCGGGAAGAAACUAUAGUUAUACUGUAAUGAAAGGGGCAGCUAUAAAGGUAGCCAGUGCUCUAACUAGGCUGGGGUACAAGAAGGGUGAUGUUAUAGCAGUCUACAGUGCCAAUGUACCAGAAUAUUCUAUUAUAAUGCUAGCAGCAUCUUCUAUAGGAGUUAUUGUCACCCCGGCCAAUCCUUCAUACACUCCAGGAGAACUAGCAAUACAGUUAGAGCAUUCCAAAGCCAAGGCAGCCUUUACCAUCCUUCCUCUGUUACCAAAUUUAAAAGAAGCCAUCAACAGCAAACAGUCCUUAGCAUCAAGUGUCAAGGAAAUCUUUAUACUCGGCGAAGCAGAAGGUUGUCGUCCAGUGUCAGAACUUCUAAAAGAUGACGGUACCAUGUUUCCUGAUGUUUCUAUAGAUCCUAAAAACGAUAUUCUGAUUUUACCCUAUUCCAGUGGUACCACAGGGCUACCGAAAGGAGUGAUGUUAACACAUCAUAAUUGUAUAGCUAACCUGUAUCAAGUCAAAUUAGCAGUAGACAUAAAACAAGGAGUGGACAGAUUUUUAGGAAUUUUACCAUUUUAUCAUAUUUAUGGAAUGAUACCAGUACAGUUUGGUGCUAUAGAUAAUGGUUGUCCUCUUAUAACACUGCCUAAAUUUGAUCCACCUGUAUUCCUUAGAGCUUUACAAGAACAAAAGAUAUCUAUUCUUCACGCUGUUCCACCAAUUCUAUUGUUUAUGGCCAAACACCCCUCAGUAUCUAAAGAAUGUGUACAAAAUUUGAAAUAUAUUGUAAGUGGUGCUGCUCCUCUAGGUGUUGGUCUGUCAAAAGAAUUCACAGAAAGACAUGAACUUCCGAUCUACCAAGGUUAUGGUUUAACAGAAACAUCUCCUGUGAUAGCUAUAGAUAAUCCACCUGCUAAAUUAGGAUCUAAUGGUCCUGUCGUCUGUAACUCUACAGCCAAGGUUAAAGAUGUGGAGACAGGAAGAAGUUUGGGGCCAGGUGAAGAAGGUGAGAUAUGUAUCAAGGGUCCUCAAGUGAUGAAAGGUUAUCUGAAUAAUCAACAGGCUACAAAUGAUAUGAUAGAUAGCGAUGGUUGGCUACAUACCGGUGAUAUUGGUUACUUCUGUGAGGAGGGGAACCUGGUUAUAGAGGACAGACUCAAAGAGUUGAUCAAAUAUAAAGGAUUUCAAGUACCGCCAGCUGAACUCGAAGCUAUUCUGCUGACUCAUCCUAGUGUCCAAGAUGCGGCUGUUAUCGGUGUUCAGGAUGCUGGUACUGGGGAACUUCCCAAAGCUUUUAUUGUCAGGAAACCAAAUACAGACGUUCAGGAAGAUGGUAUCUUGAAAUUUGUAGAAGAGAAAGUUGCUCAACACAAAAGAUUACGGGGUGGUGUCGAAUUUAUCGAUGUUAUUCCAAAAUCACCCAGUGGCAAAAUUCUCCGUCGUCAAUUAAGAGAAUAACUUAUUUCUAUCUCAACACAAAGAUCAAAGGCAGCCUGUUUCAGAAAUUCGUCGAAGAUUUUUUUUAUAGAAAACAAUUAACGAAACAAGGAUUUUGUUGCCUUUAUCCUUUUUACUAUCUGUUUUUAACCCCAUAAAUCAUCUUUACGUUAAUUCUAUAUUUAGAAUAUUAACAAACAAUCAUGAAAUAAUAUUGUGGCAAUGUUUACCACUUUAAAACUAUCUGUGUAUUUUGUUGUUGGGUUUUUUUAUUAUUUUUUUUAAUGAGUUUUAGAUACCUCAUCUUUACGUGAACUUUUAUAUUUUAAAUAAUAAUGAAAUAAUUUUGUGGUCACAUUAAACCACUUUUAAAUUUUUCUGUGUUUUAGUUUUUUAAAUGAGUUAUAGAUACCUCUUAUUUUCGUUAAAUUUUUAUUUUAGAUUUUAAUGAAAUCUUUAACAU